AUGUACAGCCCAGUUCCGACCGCCAUCAUUCUGGAACCGAAUGAGUAUACUUUGUACGACUCGCGUGCUGCGAUAUAUGAGAGGCAGGGGAAGACGAAGGAUGCCUUGCGGGACUCGAAGAAAGUUAUUGACCUUGCUCCUCAGCGAUGGCAGAUCACCAAGUACGACCAUGCAUUACAGAUGGCAAAUCUUGCACUUGAACGCGUCGCACCCGACGAUUCCAAACGGAAGAGCGAACUAGAUGCUCUCCGUGAGCAGAUCACCCAAAGCAUCGACCAAUUGCGGAAGCACGCGUCGAGCAUGUUCUGCCACUUUGGCAAACUACCCGCGGAAAUAGCCAUGGCCAUAUUCGCUCUGGCACUAUCGGACGAUCAUGCCAGAGUGGUGGUACUCGCACAGGUCUGUAAGAGCUGGCGUGCUACUAUCCUCGCCGCCCCCGCACUAUGGAAUACACUGGUCCUUCUUAACAAGAAUCCCGUCAAGAAGGCGAAGGUUUGGAAGACUCGUUCGAAAGGCAGGCUCGUCGAGCUCCAUCUCAAAGCUAGUCUGGCGCAGACACCUUGGGCCCUCGACCUGCUCCAAGACAUGCCUCUUGUCUCCCUACGCAGAUUCAGGGUGGUAUCCUUCCCCCUGAGCGAAGUGCGUGCACGACUGCCCUUACUAACAGAAGAUGUCUUGCGAAGACUGGAAGUGAUGGAGAUAGAGAAAUGCACGGAAGCGCGUCCCGCCGCAUGGUUGUGGAGCGAGCCGGAGAUGCAAGUACGGACACUCUCCGUGCACUCCACCGUCUUCCAAUGGGCUACCGUUGCGCGGCAUUUCAAGCGGCUCAAGGACUUCACGUUCAGGGGCCCCUUGGUAGACACGCCGAUAUCCGACGUGCUCACUCUCCUGCGCGAGAAUUCCAACCUCCAAAGACUUUCUCUUAGCAUGAUGGACUUUCCCUUCCAACGGCCUUCCGAAGAAGACGACGAGCCAGUCGACCUGCCACGCCUCACCCAACUCGAUAUCGAAUACCACGACUUCGCUAUGAGCCAUAUCAUCCCCAUCCUUUCAUUUCCGGCAUUGCGUUCAUUCCGCGUCUUGCGGGGUACAUGUUCUCUCGAUAGGACAAUGUGUCACCUCUUCACCUGUGGUGCCGCGGCUUCUCUGACUGAGCUGAGAAUCCAGCAGUGUGUUCUUAAUGCGCAUACCCUCGUCCAGCUGCUUCGCACCACGGAUGCUCUCGAAGCGAAUCACAUCCUGCAAGCACUUGAGCGAGCGGACAGUACGUCCCGCGUCCUAUGCCCUUCGUUGCGGCACGUGGACUUCUCCUACUGCCCGGACGUCAAGGGCGGGCCGCUGGUGCGCUUGGUGAAGAUGCGCUUGAAUUCUGCAAGCCAAUCAUGGAAGGCUUUGGCUAUCGAUACUCUGAUCAUCGAUGGAUGUCCCGCUGUGGACGCAGAGAUUUUGCCGUGGUUACGUAGCAAGAAAGACGCGCGUUGGAGACGAUGA